ACCAAUUAUCAACAGGUUGCUCUCGGCUUUGCUAGCUGUUUUGGCACAUUUAACCCAGUCUGUGUGAUUAACAACAGACAUUGACGACAUAAUGUCUGGAGGUCACGCAGAAAGCCUCAUUAAAAACAUUAUUGGUGACAUAGUGCGGGAGUGUGCGGUGAGAGGACAUGCGGUGUCUGAAACUCUGGUGGCUUUCAUGGUGAAAGCUGUGGUGCUGGACCCUAGAAAUGGCUUUAAUGUGGACCGGAUACUGACCAAACAAGAUGUGCAGAAACUUGAAGAGAUUAUAUUAAGAACCGCCGGCCGGCCAGCUUCCCUCCAGGACCUUGGGCUCUACCUAUCAUUGGCAACAUUUUCUCGGUGGACCACAACAGGACCCAUGAGAGUAUGACCCAGCUAGCAGGGAAAUAUGGAGAAGUGUACAGCCUGCGGAUGGGGCAGGAGUGGUUGGUUGUCUUGAAUGGGUUUGAGGCUCUGAAAGAAGUUCUUGUAAAUCAAGGAGACAGUGUGGCUGACCGGCCACCCCUCCCUCUGCAUAUGGAUAUGACCAAAGGACUAGGUGUCAUUUUAAGUAGUGGGCACUUGUGGAAGCAGCAGAGGCGUUUCGCACUUUCAACCCUCAGAAAUUUUGGAAUUGGCAAGAAGUCCCUUGAACCUGUUGUUUUGGAUGAAUUAAACUAUUGUUUAAAAGAAUUAAAUGGGUAUAAAGGUAAGCGUUUCAAUCCACACCUCAUCCUCAGCAACGCUAUCUCCAACAUCAUCUGCUCCCUGGUUUUCGGGCAUCGCUUUGAGUACACCGAUGAGAAGUUCAGGAAACUGAUUAUGUACUUUGAAGAAGUACUUCAAUGUCAAGUAACAAUUUGGGCACAGUUUUACAACUCAUUCCCUCGGCUGAUGAGACAUUUGCCAGGACCUCAUCAGACAUUUCUGCUCAUUUGCAACGAUAUCAAGGUUUUCAUAAGAGAAGAGCUUGAGAAGCACAAACAAAACUGGGAUUCCUCAGAUCAAAGAGACUACAUCGACUGCUACCUGAAUGAGAUACAGACGAAUAUGGGAAGAGCUGACAACACUUUUGAUGAGGAAAACCUGAUUGAGUGCGUCUUGGAUCUUUUUGUGGCCGGCUCUGAGACCACAUCCACCACCCUGCGCUGGGCUUUCCUCUACAUGGCCAAGUACCCAGAGAUCCAGGCAAAAGUCCAGGCUGAGAUAGACAGAGUGAUUGGACAGUCCAGACAGCCAUCAAUGGAAGAUCGUGUAAGCAUGCCCUUUACAGAUGCUGUCCUCCACGAAAUCCAGAGAAUGAGCAACAUAGUUCCUCUCAGUGUCCCUCAUAUGGCCAACAAGGAUAUCCAGCUGGGAGGCUACACAAUCCCGAAGGGAGUUACAGUCAUUCCCAAUUUGACCUCGGUGCUUUAUGACCAGACUAAGUGGAAGACGCCCUUUACCUUCAACCCAGGACACUUUCUGAACGAGGAGGGCAAGUUUGUGAAACAAGCUGCUUUCAUCCCUUUCUCUGCAGGUAAGCGGCUGUGUCUUGGUGAGAACCUGGCAAAGAUGGAACUUUUCCUUUCAUUCACCUCUUUUAUGCAGCACUUCACCUUCUCAAUGCCUGCUGGGGUAAAGCCUGUGUUGGACUUCGUCUUUGGGAUCACUCUGGCACCAUGCCACUAUGAAAUCUGUGCAACCUCACGCUUGGAAAAGUUUUAAUUGACAAAUUAUACUCUUUAAGACUUAUAACUGUGAUUGAGUUAAUUUCUUUCCACAAUUGAUUUUGGUCUACGUUGUAACCUUUCAUUUGAGCUUUUGGCAGUAGUUGUGAUCCUCUAGUUUAAGGGACUUUGUCUUAGGCCAUACAUUAAUCUCACAUUUACACAAUUUGCACAAUGCUUGAGCAAACAAAAAAAAAAGGUAUUUCCUGUCAUUUACAAAAUCACACAUCACAAUAUGACACCAUUAUGUAUAGUCACAUUUAAUAGGUUUUAGCUAGGCCUACCUUAUAAAAAUAUGGCAAAUAAUGAAACCACACAUAAUUUAUUUUAAGGACUAUUUAUAUCACAAUGCUAACAACAAUUUAUAGUGUAGAAAAUUGGUUCAAAGAUUGUUUUCAGAAUACGUCACAGAGCAUAUAAACAAGCUUGAGGCAAAUAGAGGCUUUAUUAAAGGUCUUGACUGCUUUGAA